AUGAAAUCGACCCAACUCAUUGCUGUAGAUGCACUCUUUCAUUUGUGUCUAGUUCCUUCACUUCUUUCGAUAUUUGGGAGUCCAACGAGUGGCGAACGCUAUGUGAAAAUACCGACGUAUGGACCUCUUAUAACGUACGUUUUGUUUGGACUGACGAAUAUAGUCGUUCACCCAUUUCUCGUGUUUUUGGCGUUUGAAAAGACCAAACCGAAGAAGUACUCGAUCUUUGAGUACAUUAUUUCUACUCUCUUAUCGGCCUUAAUCACGUUUGUUGCAAUUUUCUUAUUAAGAAGUCAAAUGACACAUUCAAUACUUCAUCUGCUCUUGUGUUCCUUGGGGAUCGGAGCUUAUGCAGCCCCUUUGGUUUUGGUCGCUAUCAAAAACUCAAUAGACCAAAAGGACGAAAAACACUUCUUGGUAUUCCCAGCUCUCUUCACUCUCGUCGUGUUUUUCUUAAGCGCUUUACCUGGAUCCUUGGACCAUUAUAGCCCUCUCAAAUUCUUCCCAACACCACUCUUCUACGCGUUCGUACCUGCUACUUUCUUAAGUGACAUCUACACCUACAUAUACUACCUUUACGUCGAAACAACUCGCUCAAAUAACUUGGAUAAAUAA